AUGAUAAAUAUGGAUGCUUUUAUAGAAGCAUUUUUCGCUAUAGAUCAAGAUCGUUCAGAAACUAUCACAAUAGACGAAUUACAAGCAUACAUGGUGAGAAAUGAUAUGGAACCUGCUUUCGUAGCGAGAUGGCAAGAAUUAUUCGAUCCUCAAAAAACAGGCAUAAUUACACUUUCAAAAUUUUGUGAUGUAUUAGGAUUGGAACUGGAAACUUUACGAUUCAAAUAUGUUGAACAAGAAGAAUUAAAGGUGGCAACAGAUUUACAUUCUUCACUGGAAAAUGUACAUGAACUUCGAAAGAAUGGUCAAACAAAUAAUCACGUAAAUAAUAUAAAUAAUGCAAACAAUGGAUUACCAAGUGAAUUAAUCAAGCCAAUUGAUUAUCAAGAGAUCUCUGGUGAUAUGCCAGAAGAGUUGAAAGAGACAAUCUUCACUAUAGUUACAGAAGGUGAAGACAUUUACCACAACAAUGAUAAAGAACUAGUUAAAUGGAUCAAAUUACGUUUGGACAAGCAUUAUAAACGUUUAUGGCAUUGUGUAAUUGUACGAGGUCAAUACUCAUCAUUCUAUUCUUAUCAACCAGAUUUAGUUGGAUCUUCAUAA